GCAACAUCUAAAAAAUCAUCUGUUGUUGGGUGAAAAAUGUUAACUUAUGGAUUUUGAUAAAAUGAAAAGUUUUUAGCAAAUUUUAAGAAAUUGAAGAAGAUGUCUUCUGAAAAUUUUGAGAGCUUGGAAGAUGACUUUGUGGCUCUGAAAGAUGGGCUUGUCUCAAAGAUUGACGACCUGAAUCGCAAGUCAUCUAACCAGGCAAAGAAAAAUGUUCAAAGAGAGAUUGAGAGAGAGCUGGAAGAUGCACAACGCCUCCUGGAGGAUUUGGAUGGGGAGGCUAGGAGUGCCCCUUAUCCAUUCAGAAUGCAGAUGAACAGUCGCAUCAAGACAUAUCGACAAGACUUGAAUGCCAUCAAGAAGAAAAUUCAACAGAGCGAGAGCUCAUCCCAAAGGAGUCAGCUGCUGGGAAAUCCCUCUCAGCCAGGGACAGGGCCCUUAUCCAGCUCCACUCUGGGCAACCGGGGGCGACUCCUUCAGAUGAACGAGACCGUAAACCGCACCACCGAGUCCGUGCACCGCGCCCAGAGGGUGGCAGCCGAGACAGACGAGGUGGCGGUGGCUGUGGUGGAUGAGCUUGGCACCCAGCGAGAAGCGCUGAUACGAACCAAAGAGCGCCUCGUGGACACGGACAGCAAUCUUGUCAAGAGCAGGAAGAUCUUGCGCUCCAUGUAUCGUAGGGUCAUGACCAAUAAGCUGAUCCUCAUCGUCAUCAUCAUCCUGGAGUUGGCCAUCCUGGCAGGUGUGGUGUACUACAAGUUCUUUCGAAAAUGAGAGUCAUUUUGUGUCUAGAUAAAAUACGCGUCGCAAAAGCCCAAAAAAAUUUGCACGUCAAACAUAAUGUGGAUUUUAAUGGAGCACACAUCGUGUAUAUGGUGCUGAAAGUGAUGAAAGGGGCAAUCAUUCAGGAGUUCAUCACAUUUUGCCUGAAUAGAGUUUUAAUGCUAUGUAUGAUCCACCGCAAUGAUAAAUCCAAUUGAUGGCAAUUGGGUUUGACAAAUUUUGCUGAGUGAGAAAAAUUCCUGUUAAAUAUUAUUUUGGGAGCGAUACAGUUUAGUGCAUCAAAUUAUGCUUGUAUGUAUGUAAUGUACAAAUGUACAUAAUAUGUAGUUAUAUUUUUUUAAUUAAAAAAUGGAAAAUAUAGUUAUUAUAUGAAGACAAAUAUUUAAAACUUAGCCUUUUUUUUUACCAUAAUAGAAGGCACUUAGGAAUUCAAUAUGCUAUGAGCAUACAUUUCUACUAUUAUACAUUGCAGAAUAUACAUAAUUUGCCAUUCUCAAAACAGUGAUAAAUAUAACUGUCAUACUGUGGGAGAAAAAUCAUCUUUAGACAUUGCUUUUCUCAUUUUAUGUGUUUGCCACAGGUGAAGAAAGCUUUUUGAUUGUUUAAUUGUUAUAUCAGCCCUGUUGUAAAAAUGUAAUCUAAAUCUAUGAAGUUAGUGAAACAUUAUUUUGUAUUUUGCAAAAGAAGAAAAAUAAUUUGUAACAAUAUGUACACAAAAAUAAA